AUGAUAAUGAAGAAAACAACACAAGCUUCUCUUCUCCUAAGUUUGAUUUUUAUACUUUUAUGUAUAUCCUUCCAGGUUUGUGUCACGGAGGCUAGACUCUCCCGCCUAAUAGCUGAUCCCCCAAGUCAAUUCCUAAAUCCACCAGGGCCACCACGACCCAUGCCUGUUGUGCGAUCACCACCGUGUGGAACUAAUAUCGGAAGUCAAAUUAUGGCACGAAGAGAAGAGCGUUGUAGACAAAUUCCAAGGCUUCCUAAAAUCAAAAUUACAAAGCCUCUUGCGGCAAUUCCGUAACCUCCAAGCAAAGAGUUAAUUAGUGGCAAUGUUUUCACAGAUAAAAUAAAACUAUCGUUUAUGACC